UUAUUUCAUAAGGUGAGUUGCGGUGGCAGUAAAUCCGGUGCAACUAAUUUCUCCGACGCUGAAACUGAGAUUCUCCGCCUAGGGUUUCGGCUGCCCCCCUUUGGAUCGGCGAGUCGGCGAUGGAUCCCGACGCAGUAGCUCGGGCUUUCGUGGAGCACUACUACCGCACCUUCGACACAAAUCGCGCGGGCCUGGCUGGCCUUUAUCAGGACAGCUCGAUGUUGUCUUUCGAGGGGGAGAAGAUUCAGGGCGCCGCGGCGAUCACCGCCAAACUCACCGGCCUUCAAUUCCAGCAAUGUCAACACAACAUCUCCACCAUUGAUUGCCAGACCUCUGGACCUGCCGGCGGUGUGAUCGUCUUUGUGAGUGGGUCUCUCCAGCUAGCUGGCGAGCCCCAUGCACUCAAGUUUAGCCAGGUUUGGAAUUACUUAUAUCUCGGUUUGUUGUCUUGCAUCAUAUAAUUAUAUCAUCGAUCU